UAGCAGCUAUGUUAACUCCUAGGUGUUGUUGUUUUGACGUCGAGCCAACGAGAAGCACGUCGCGGGUGAAAUUAGAAGAAAAUAAAAGAUAUUGAGCAAACCACUGACGUUGCGUGUGUUUCGGUUGCGAAAAAAAAUGCGCAAGAGUCGGGUACAAACAAUAUGCCAUCGAUACUGAAGCAAUGCUUUGCCAAAAAACUAAUUAAGUAAACAAUUUAGUUUUCCCGGACGCGAAAUGGAAAUCUAAUCAAAGAGUCUAACAAGAGAAGUAGGAGAAAACGAGAAAAGUCAGACAACAAAUUAAAUCGACAACAAAUAGUGUGAAAUGGAAACGGUGUGCUUCUUCUUCAGCUCGUGUUGUAGGUGUAGUGUAGGAUAUUGCUUGAAAAGUGUGCACAGGAAAAUUGCUGACAGAUCGUAAAAGGCGCGCGUCGUGGCAAUUAUUGGAAAAUUCAAUACAAAACGGCGCGACAAUAACAAAAAAAAAGAAGAAAUAUUUGCAAAGAGAGAAAAGAAAGAAAGCAAACGCAAAGCAGCUGUCUUUCGAUGUGUGCAUGUGUGCGUGUGUCUAUGUACGAGUGAGUAAGGCAGAAGACAACAACAAAGAGAAAAUCAAACCAAAUUACACAGCAACAAUAACAACAACAACAAGAGCAGUGUCUACAACAACGGUAAUAAACAGCAACAAAAACAACAACUACCUACAACCGCUGACUUCCUCUUUGGGCAUUUGCAAACGCAUUUACACACACUUACCUGAGUGACAAUUACAGCUACAAUUACAAAUACAACGCAGCAUCAUCAAAUACAAGCAGCUGACAGUAUUUCUCUCUCGCUCUCACGCGCUCACUUGUCUGCUUUGGUCUGCUCUGCUGCUUGGGCAAUUAAUGAACGCCUACGCUGACGUCGCCGUCGCUGUCGCAGUAUAAUAAUGCGAAACAUCCAAAAACUAAUAACAACAAAAGAAAUUCGAACAAUAAAAAGUACAGAAACAACAACUUCCAGCUUUCUUCUCAACUAGUCAGACACCCGCAGUCCCCUUUUGCAUUAAAGGAAACGCGACCUCGACAACAACAACAAAGAAAGAAACAAAUAAAUAAAUAAACAUAUCCGUCAAAUUAAGUACAGUUUAUAAGGCAACGAAAACACUAACAUGGAUUGGAUCAUCAGCGAUGAAUUGGGACUAACUGUCGGCCAUGUUGUGGGCUGGGCGGCUGCCUCGGCCAUGGUCAUUGGCGGUGUUAUACCCUAUGUGCCGCAAUAUGUCGAAAUUAAGAAGACACAGGACGCCGAAGGAUUUUCCCUGUACGUCUGCCUUGCACUGUUGGUUGCGAACUCACUGAGGAUACUCUUUUGGUUUUCCAGCCGCUAUGAGCUUCCAUUACUGGUGCAAAGCGUUGUCAUGAACGUCACCAUGUUCCUAAUGAUCCAUCUCUGUGUGAAGGUGAAGCGCAUGAAUGCGAAUACGCGAGAGCACACGCUGAGGGGUGACGACGUGCAGUUGCCAAAAGUGUUGACGGACACGGAUAUCGCCGCCUCGGUUUCCACGGAUGCAGGCGUUUUGAAACGUGCUCGUUCCAGGCAUUAUUUGAAUGAUCUGGAUUUCAAGUACUUUUGGAACUGGACAGACUUUCAAUCGUAUCUGGACAUGAUGCUCGUGGUUUGGGCCGUUGGCGCUGCCAUCACAUAUCUCAUGCUACCCGUUCACUGGUUUAUGGAAUCCAUGGGCUUUGUGGCCGUCUUUACAGAGGCCAUGCUGGGUGCACCGCAGUUUCUGCGCAACUUUAAGAAUAAAUCAACAUAUGGUAUGAGCAUACACAUGGUGAUAAUGUGGACGCUCGGUGAUAUGUUCAAGACUGGUUACUUUAUUGCAAGAAAUGCACCAUCGCAGUUCUGGAUUUGUGGCACGCUGCAGGUCAGCCUGGAUAUAGCCAUAUUGCUGCAGGUGUGGAUCUAUCGCAACAAUACGAAACCGCGUGAUUUGAGACGUGGCGAUUAGCAGUUUGCCCCCGAAGAACAACAACAACAACAACAACAAAAUCAACAAGAACAACAACACGAACUUGAACACGAUCUGCACACUUCGCAUUCUGAGGAGCGACAAUUAUCGCAACCGAUCACAUUGAGCAGCAGCGGCGAUGAUCACCUGUUAACAGCUCGUGCCGACAAUGAACACUUUAAGGUGCUGGAUUUUGGUCAGUGUCAUGACAAUCGCGCCUUUCAGUACCAUCAUCACAACAACAACAACAACAAGCUGCUGCCACGUCCCGGGGGAAGUGGCAAAAGUCAGAGCCAACUGGAUAGCAAUCCGACGGCUGCAGUGGCCAUUGCUCUGGAUGCUUUAGAGGUGGUCAUUGUACAUAAGCCCAAUAAUCCAAUGCUUUCCAAUGGCACAAAAGGUCCACGUGCGUCACGCAUUUGUUGCUGCCAUCGACGCAAGCGUCACAAUGCCACACAGACAUCUGUGGAGCGUUGCUGUUGCAUGAGCAGCUGUCAUUGUGACCAUGUGACGACAACGCAUCAUCAUCAUUGUCAUCAUCAUUGCCAUCACCAUCACUAUGAGACAAAGCGUCGUCAUCAUCAUCAAGAGUCACAUUCUAAGCACGGUCCGCUUCCAGUUCACCACAAAAACAAAAAGCAUCAGCACCACAAUAAACCACUGCAACCCAGCAAGUCUUCCGUGGACACAAACACAAGCGAGGAGCAUCGUCCGCAACUGCAUUCAGCUGCGAUUGCCAUUGAGAUUGAUGCGGCAACUGUUACGGAGAACAACAGCAGCACAGCGACUUCUAAUUUUCCAUAUAAGGUGGCAAGCGAGGGUGGCGGUGCGCCCAUGAAUCUAAUACCGCUGUGUGAGCUGCAUCGUCAGCGUCGACGUGGUUCCCUUAACUCCAAUACCACCAUCGAAACGGAUGAGUUGUCACGCGACGACGACGACGACGAGGAUGAUGAUAAUAAUGAUGUGCGUUUGUGCAUACAGCCGGAGGAUGAGGAGCAGCUAACACCCGCUAUUGGCAGCAGCUCCAGCAGCACAGCACGCGCAUUUGCUGGCGCCGCUCCAGCUCGCAAUGAGUGCGUCCGGAUUAAGCGUAAACGUUUUGUGCCCAACGCUAUGCUGGAUUAUUGCAGCAGCUGCUCACGUUGCUCCAGUUGUAGCUGUGAUCAGGCGCGCACCAGCUCCUGCAGCAGUUUGGACGAGGAUCGGGCACAUGCGCUGACCGUUUCCGCCGACUGUCAUCGCUGCUUGACGAAUGAACAGAGCAGUUUGAAAAGCUUUUGCUCCUGCCACACAAACGCCUGUUGUUGUGGUCGCUGCAGCAACGACGAUGGGGAUGCAGAUGAGGAGGAGUAUGCUGGCGAUGAGGAUGAUGAUGAUGAUGAUGACGAGACCACUGGACAGCGUGAAUCCUUCUGCACGGCAGCGGAUCAUACAAUUGUGAGCACGCCAACGCAGGAGGAGAUGCACAGCAGCACUUUGACACCACUAAGCACACAGGAGCACACGAUGCGCAGUGAAAUAGCCGAUGAUCAUGAUGGCGAUGGCAUCACCGAUGCGGAUGCCUCAUCGCUUAGUCAAUCCGCCGAGUACUUUUCGUUGUCAUCCACAGUAGGUGGUGCAGCAACCACUGCCAAAGAGGAGCAACCACACUGCAGCAGCAGCAGUAGCAGCAAUCACAACAAGCAUUGGAGCAAACAUAUACGUCUCAAACGUAGCUCUUCGCCGCUGGACUCGCAUUUAUGACGAAGUGCUUCGCUGGUCGCCUGGCCAGCAAUCGAUGUUAACGCAUUGUUGCAGCAAACCAUCCGCAAAUCGGCGGUGCUGCAGGAUACACCUGUCAAGCGUCGCAUGCCACUCACACCCAUAUUGCCACGUCCACCGGCUGCGCCAACAGGUAGCAAUGAUAGCUCCACCGCCACACUCACCCUGACGCCCAGCGUCAUCACUGUGGCCAAGCAACCGCAACUGACAUUGACCACUGUUACCAGUCACAACGGUGUUACCAAUACAACAAAAUUCUCACCGGUUUUAGGUGAUCCGCUCCAACGUCGCUCCACAGAGAUUAUACUGUAAACUGGCCUCACAACUUUACCUCUGGUUGGCUGUGUGUUGUUAUUAUUAAAAUACAUUGAAAACCCUUGCAAUUUCAUCUGCGCGAAUUAUUUUCGACUUCAACGAGAAAUUAAAGCUGAUCAUUAUGUUGUUAUUCGGGGGUUCCCCUCAAAUCCCUAUGUAAAUUAUAUUAUUUGUCAACUUUUUUUUAGUAAAUUAGCUAUAAUUAUAUUUCGAUAUAUGUACAUGUAUUUUGUGUAAUAUUAAUUUUAGUUCGACAACGUGAAUUUAAUGCUUCCGUUACGAUUUUCCUCUCGAGCAAUUUGCCAAAUGUUUAUCUGAUCACUGAGACAUAUCCAAUAAAUCUUAUUAUAUUGUAUUCUGUUUGGCAAAUGCUUGGAGUUCUUUCAAUCGAUAGCAACGACCUUGUUUCAAUAAUUUCGUACAAUUUCUUAGUCAAUUCCUCUUAGCCAAGUAAGUUGAAAGCAUGCAUAAUUAUUGUAUAAACAAAAAACAAAGUUAAUCUCGAUAUUAAACAAAAUGAUAAGAAUAUAUUGUAAAUUUAUGAUUUUAUAGCGGAAUUUAUUAGCUAAGGUCUAAAAUAUGUGCAAACUAAAAUAAAAUCAAACGACAAACAAGA